AUGCCUUUGAGGCAAAUGAAAGAGAGUUCAGAACAACAUCUUGUGAUCAAACCUCAUUUACCAAACACUAUGAAUCAGGCUAAGAAGGUUACUAAAGCUGUUCAAAAUGGUAAAGGUCCACCAUUGUUGUCACAGGAGCAACGUAACCAAACUUCACCACCACCUCAAGGAAAGAGUGGUGGAGGAAGGAGGAGUAGAAAUGGGAGAAAAUCUGAUCAAGUUGAUGUUUUGAUGAGACCAAGUUGUAGGCCUUGUACUGCUGUGAAAAGUAAUGAAAAUGGUCAUGUUGUUCAAAAUAGAAACGUUGUCUCUAGUGAUGUAGAGAUGAGUUUUCCUACUUCAAGCAAGUCUUUGACUUUUGCUCAAAGGCCAGGUUAUGGACAAGUUGGUACAAAAUGCAUUGUUAAAGCUAAUCACUUCUUUGCAGAAUUACCAGACAAGGACUUGAAUCAGUAUGAUGUAACUAUUACACCGGAAGUGUCUUCCAAAGCAGUUAACAGAUCCAUAAUAGCAGAACUUGUGAGGCUGUAUAAAGAAUCUGACCUUGGCACGAGGCUUCCAGCAUAUGAUGGCAGGAAAAGUCUCUACACAGCAGGGGUUCUUCCCUUUUCAUGGAGAGAGUUUAUGAUUAAGCUUAUAGAAGAAGAGGAUGGAAUUAAUGGCCCCAAGAGGGAAAAAGAAUACAAAGUGGUGAUCAAGUUUGUUGCAAGGGCUAACUUGCAUCACUUGGGGCAGUUUCUGGCCGGAAAGCGUGCAGAUGCUCCACAGGAGGAGACACAAAAAAAAGCAAAAAAAGCAACUCACACCUCUGCACUCCAUCGCCUCCGUAGUAUCGCCGCCAUCUCCGAUGAUUCUUUCUUUUCACCUGAGACUGAGUAUCAGCCUUUACAGGCUUCUCAAUUCCCCAAUCAAUACAUCGCCGCCAUCGCCGAUGAACUCAAAGGUAGUCCUCUUGUUGUAUCAGUCUUGGAUGGAAGUACUCUUCGUUUGUUGUUUGAGGACGAGGAUGAUUUUGCUAUGUUAGCGGAAAAUCUGUUCACUGAAUUGGAUGUUGAAGAUAAGGGGAAAAUCAGCAAGAGUGAGAUUCGAAAUGCUCUUGUUCAGAUGGGAGUUGACAUGGGAGUUCCUCCUUUCUCAGAAUAUCCUCAGUUAAACGAUUUGUUGAGUAAACAUGGAGCGGAUGGAGAAGAAGAACUGGGCCAGGCACAAUUUGCACAGCUUCUGCAGUUUGUAUUACAAGAUCUUGAAGUGGAACUUUCCAAAAAGAAUUUUGUUUUCGUCCAGAAUAUCCCAAUCAUAAAUGGCUCUAAAAUAAGACAGCUAUUGGCCAAUGAAAAGGAGUUAAACAGCUGUAUAGAGAAGGCAUCACAAGAAAAACUCAAUGCAAAGGAUGGUCUAGGAAGCACAGAAAUAAUAAGAUGCUUCCUUGAGAAAAACACUACGGAAUUGGGUUCACCACUAUAUGAUGGUGGCGAUGCAGCUGAUCUUUUUAUGAUUGUGUUUUUUGCUGAUGUAGCUAAAGAAAAAGGUGCAGUGGAAUUAGAGAAAGAAGAGCCAGCAAAACUUUUGAAAGAUGUCUUAGAGAAAAUGGCAGAGCAACUUGAGUUGAAUCCAGUAUAUCAGGACUUUGCUUGA